AUGAAUCUUUCCCUAUACAGCAUAUCUGCUUUCCUCAUUCUUGACGCCGAAGGUCAUCGCGUCCUAGCGAAAUACUAUCGACCUAAAAGCCAUCCGAAUGCAUUGAACGGAGAGAUGAAGGAGUUGGCGACGUUGAAGGAGCAAAAGGCGUUUGAGAAAGGGUUGUGGGGGAAGACUAAGAAGGCAGGAGGCGAUAUCAUACUCUAUGACGGUUAUCUAGCCGUAUACAAACACUCUCUCGACAUCAUCAUCUACUUUCUCGCCAGUCCAGGGGAGAACGAACUCAUGCUCUCCGCUGCAUUGAAUUCCCUAAUAGACGCACAGUCGCUCCUGUUGAGGAAUCAGCUGGAAAAGAGAGGGGUGCUGGAGAAUUUAGAUGUAGUGCUGUUAUGUUUGGAUGAGACCGUUGAUGAUGGAAUCAUCCUCGACACAGACGCAGCUGCGAUUGCAUCUCGUGUCAGCCGGUCACGUCCUGACACGACAGACAUAACGAUUAACGAGCAGACGAUCAUGAAUGCGUAUCAGACUGUGAAAGACCGGGUAGCGCAGAGGAUACGGGAGCUGUGA